AUGAUGAAAUGGUAAGAAGAAUCAUUAUAUAUUGCUGUCUUUUUUUCAAUUGUCUAAUUACUUUAAUUAGUAUAUUUGGCUUUUGGACCGAAAAUAUUUUAUGUUUGGAAUAAUGAAAAAGCUGCAGCUGAUUUAAAUAAAUUUCUUUCGUAAGAAUAUAAAUAAAUAAUAUUUAGUUAUUUCGUAAUAUCAGCGCAUUUAAUAAAUCAAGAGUUUGAGAUUUACUUAGCAGUAUUUUACACAUUCUUUGGAUUGGUAGUUUUCUCAAUAGUGUUAUUUAUAAUUUUUGCAUUUGCUUUUAAGGUAGCUUUCCUUCCAUUAUUAUUAUUAAAAUCUUUGUUGAAACUUUUUUUAACAAUAGGCUUUCUUCCAAUAAUGCUUUUAUUUUUUGGAGUACAAAAUUGAUUUCUACUUUUUUAGCUUCUAUCUUGUAAGGUAAAUAAUAAUGGAGUUGAAAUUUGGUUUUACAAUAAAAAUAUUGAAUGUUGGAGUAAUGAACAUUAUAUACAUGGUAUUUUUGCAAUAAUUGGAAUACUAUUAUUUCAAAUAUUAACUAGUUCAACAUGUUUAAUUUAUUUUGAGAGUAAAUGUGUAUAUGGGAAUGCUUAUGCAUAAAGAUCAGGAAGACCAUAUUCAUAUUAUCAUAUUAAUGUUUUCAUUAUAAUAAUGUCUUACUAAUUACUUGAGACACCAAGGUUUAGUUCAUUGUUGUUAACAAUUUUUUGUUUAUCUAGUUUUUUUUUAUUUUAUCAAAUUCAUACAGAGAAACCAUUUUAUAAUAAGGUUGUUUAGAAAAUAUGGUCAAUUAUUACAGCUAUAAAUUUAUGGACAACAAUUAUGAUGAUAUUUGCUUAUCUUUUGGAAGGUUAAUAUUUUAGAGAUGUAUUUUGGGGAUGGAUAGGUGGAAUACCAUUAAUUACAUUGAUUAUUAUAAAUGAAUAAAUAUUUGAAGUUGAUUUAUUAAGUUCAAAUAUUAAUAGAGCAAUAUCAGGAUAAUAAAUAAUUAUUUUAUGCGAAUAUCUAUUAUAAUUAUUGGAUAAAAAUGAUUAACAUUCAUCAUUAAUGUUAGAUGGAUUUAUAGAAAUACAUAAAUAAACAUGUUAUAGAAAUGAUUGUGUAUUAAAAUCAAAAAAAAGUCUGAAUGAUAGAAAUAAACAUACAGCACUUCAAGAUAUGGAAAGAUAUACAGUAUUCAUAGAAUUAAUCAGUUAAAUAUAUUAUGAUGGUAUUAAACAGUUUCCAUAAGAUGUUUUUUUAAGAUUGAAUUAUUCAUAUUUUCUAAUUGAUAGAUUAAAAUUAAAAUAAUAAGCUUUAAGUGAAUUAUAAUAGGCAGAAUAGAGUGGACCUAGUUUUGAUCAUGAAUUCAUAAUAUAUAGAUAUAAAAGAAUUAUGGAAGAUGACUUAUAAGAAUAAUAAUAAGAAAAUUUAAAUUAAGUUGACUUAGUAACUGAAAUAGCAUUUUAAACUUAGAGCAAAUAAUUGAUACAAUAAAUAGAAAAAACGUCACUUGUAUAUAUAGAUUUUUGGGCAUAAUUACAGGAAGAGAUACCAGAUAUUGGUAGAAUUAAUAAUUUAGGAUUUAAGAUUUUGGAUUCUGUUAAUUUAGUUUAAGAAUAAUGGAAUAGAUUAAAGAGAUUAAAUUAGAAAGCAUCAAAGUUAAAUCGUUUAAUGGGAAAAUAUUAUUCUUAAAUAUUGAAUGAUGAAGAAAUGGGAUAAAAAUUGAUUUAAUAAAGUAGAAUAAGUUAAAAUGAUAAAUUCAAAGCAAUUGAUUUAGAAGAGAUACAGAAUGAGUAAUUACCUACAAUAACAAUAUUGACUGAUGUAGAUAAAUUAGGAACAAUAAGUAAUCUUAAUAAAGCAGCAUGUAGUUUACUUGGAUAUGCUAAAACUGAUUUAGUAAAUAGAAAAUUAAAUUUAAUAUAACCAGAUCUGUAAUUAUAAAUUUCUAAUCAAUAGUUUCUCUAAGUACCAUGAUCAUUUUCUUGAAAAUUUUCUAGAAAAGUUUCAAGAUAAUAAUCCUAGUUAUUAAGUUAAAGAGAAAUCAAUUUAUGUAAAAAAUAAAUAAGGUUAUAUAAUGCCUUGUUAAUUAAAUAUAAGGAUGAUAUAAACCAUAAAUUCUGGAGUUUUUAUGUGUGGAACAAUCAAAUAGGAUAUUUAUCAUAAACCUUUAAGUAUAUUUAUAUGUUAAACAAAUGGGAUUAUUGAAAAUAUUAAUUCUACUUGUAUAAGAAUGUUUGGAUUGGAAUUAAAAUCAAUCACAAUUAAACCAGUAAAUAUAGCAGAUAUCUUUCCAGAUAUAUUUGAUCGUAAAGAUGAAUUUUUAUAAAAAACAGGUGGUAUUAUAAGUUAUAUAAUUGGAACGAGAUCUUCUAAAAAUAAUGCAUCUCACAAUUCAUUAUAGGAAUUAGAAAUAGAACAUUCAUAAAUAUUUGAAAACUCAAAUAAAUAACAAAUAUAAUUUUAAUGCUUUCUUCAAGAAAUAAAGUUUUAAUGCAUAGAAGAUGAAAUAAUCUAAAAUAAAUUAUAAGGAUAUAUUAUAAAAUUAGAGAAAAUCAAAUUUUUAGAAAAAGCUUAAUUGUAUACGCAUAAUAAGACAAUAUAAAAUCAAUAUUAAUUUAAAUUUAAUUGUUAAAGCUUAACUUAUGUAUUGGAUUUUGGAAAUGGAUUAGAAUCUUAAGAUGUUACAGUAAAAGUAGAUUAAAGUAUAAUUUGGGAAGAUUAAACUAAAAUAUCACAAUAAAUAAUCAAUGAUCCAUAAGUUUAAGGUAGCGAAAGUCAAACAAAUUAUGGUGAAGGAAUAAAGAUUGUUAGAUUAAUUGGUGAUCGUAUAGUAGAAAUAGAAGAAUCAAAAUCAGAUGAUUAUGAAGAUGAAAACAUGCAAAGUCUUUUUCAAUAGAAUGAUAACAAUGAAUAAGAUUCUAAGAAUGAAAAAGAUACAAUAAAUCUUUAUAGAUCAAAAAAUUAAUUAGAAAAUUUGUUAUCUUAAUCAAAAAUACCUAGAACAGCAACGAAUUUUCGAAUAUUCAUAAAUAUAAUGACAUUAGUAUUAGUAUUGAUAACUUUUCUUGAAUAUUUUAUCAAUUCUGAUUUCAAUCAAAAUCUAUUAGAUAGCUUACCCUUGAUCUCACAAAAUAAUUAAAGAUCUAGUACUUUAAUGGGAGUCUAAUCAGUUUUAUAAGAUUUAAAGGCAGUACAUUAUGAUUAAUAUCCUUUGUUGAAAGAUCAAUAGAUAGGAUAUUCAGAUAUUGAAUAAUAAUUCAGAAGAUGGUUGGAUAAAGAAUUAUAAUAGUUAAUAUCAUUAUAAAAAGAUUUAACUUUAGUUUCUGGUAUAAUUAGUUCCGAUUAUUAAUUUGCAGAAGAUUAAUAUCUAUCUUAAAAUAUUGAAAUGGUCACUUUAGAAGGUGGAACUUAAAAUUAUACAUUUAAUGAAGCAAUUUAAUCAGCAAUUGCAAAAGCACUAUAAAUUAAUAGUAGUUCUCUUAAUGAAAUUAAUGAUCAAAAUAAUGAUGUUUUUUAUAUUGAAUACAAUGUUUUUAAUGCUUUAACAAUGGGUUUAACUAUUCCAGCUGAAUAUUUCAAAUAUAAUAUAGAAUCAAGAGCAGAAAUUUUAGGAGGUUCAGUAACUGCUUUUUUGACUGCAGCAUCGAUCAUUCUGUUUUUUUAGUAUUAUAUUUUAUUAUAAUAGGAUUUGUUUAAUUGUUCUAUUCAUUAUUAAAAUCUAAGUUGUUAAUUAAGCAGCUUUAUAAUUAUUUUUAGAUCUUAAUGAAAAAAAGAUUAAAUCUAUUUAUAUUAAAUGUGAAAAUUUUAUAACAAGUCUUCAAGUAGGAGAUGAUGAUGAUGAUGAUGUAAUAUUAAUAUAUUUAUUAUAGUUUUUCUCUGAUAAUGAUGAAAAGGAGGAAGAAAAUGAUAACAAGGAAAAAGAAGAAGGAGAUCAUCUACUUAAUGGAAGAAAAAAAAGAAGGAAAUUUAAAAAUUCAAAUUAACAUUAUAAACAUUAAAUACUUGCUUUACUUUUAGUCAUAAUUAUUAUGGCUGUCUAUUUUAUCUAUUUAUUUGUUGCAAUUUAAGUAAGUAUUUUUUUUAUUUAUUUAGUCUCAAAUUUCAAAUAUUAUAGAAUUAAUACCUGUUUUCAAUUAGACCUCUUUUGCAGAAUGUUAUUACAGAUAUUCUGAUAAUGCAUUGAGAAAAGCUUUAGAAGUUGAAAAUUAUACAUUUGUUGGCAAUUAAUCAGUUGAAGUCUUAAACUUUUUGAUUGCUGAAUUGUAUAAUUUAGAUGCAGCUAUUCAUCAAAUCCAUUCUUCUAAUUCAGAAAUUCUAAAUUAAGACUACUUAGAAGUAAACUUAGACUUAAUUUAUAUAGGUUUUUAAUAAUCUUUUCAUAUUAACUCCUUGUGAUUACAUUGUGCAAAUUGACAAAGAAAUCAAUUAUGACAUUUGUUUAAACUUUAGUGAUGGAGUUUUAUAGUAAGGUUUAUCUAUAGGAAUGGCUAAAUAUUUUGAAAGUUAUAGACAAGUCUUAAAUUCUUAUAAUCAGUAUAAUGAAUCUAAUGAAUAUAAUCUAAUUUACAACAUAUCAGAGAACAAAAGACUUAAUUAUAUGAUGAAUUUAGUUAAUACUAAUUAGGCUUAUAAUAUGAGAUUAAUGUAGGAAAGAUAUAUUAAGGCUGCUUAUCAGUAUUUAAAUUAAGCCUUAACUGACUCAGUUAAAAAAAGUGCUUAAAACAAUAAUAAUUUGAAAGUUGCACUCUUUAUCAGUUUUAAUAUUUUUCUCUUUUUUAUAUACUUUUUUAUAUGGAUACCCCUUGUGUUUCGCAUUUUGAGUGAUAUGCUCAAGAAUCGAUUAAUGUUAACAAUAAUACCAUUACAAGUUAUUCAUAAAACGGCAUCAAUAAGACAAUACAUAAGAAAAAUUAUUAAUCAUUGA